AUGGUCCAAGCCAAUAUUGAUUCAAUUUUGGCUGUUGACCCAGAAAAACUUUCUUCACAGGAGAAGGAUGACUUGUAUGAAAGUAUUAUAUGGUUAAAUGUUGAACCGAAUAUACCUAAUGAUAAAUUGGAACCAUUAUUUUUGUUGACAAAAGAAGUCAUGAAGUAUAAAGGAGAGCAGGUAGAAAAUUUGCUGGCAGAUUUAGAUAUUUUGGCCUCUAAUCCAGGUGGAGGGAAUGAACAACUACAAGCAGAACUAUCAAAAGCUAACAAGCAAAUUGAAACACUUAAUGAAGAAAUUGAAAACAAAGAAAAAGAAAUGGAAAAUGAAAGACUUCAUGUUGAAAAAUUACAGUCAGAUAUUGUAGAGCUCCAAAAAGAGAAAGCUGACUUGCGUAAAGAGAUAAUUUUUAUGCAAACCGAGAGCCAUAAUGGAUUAGCAUCAAGCAUUCAAGAUGAAAGCUCAGAUGAUACUUCUCAGCUAAAAGAAAUGAUCCAGCACAAAAAUAAACAUAUUUUGCAACUUCUUUCAGAUAUUCAGGUUAUGGAAAAAGAAAAUGAAAUAAUUAACACAAAGCUGAAUUCUAUUCGCCAAGAAUUGUCAGAUGCAACAACAAAUCUUACAAAAUUUUCUGGAGAAAAUAUUUCUUUAAGGCAAGCCAACUAUGAAUUUCAGGAAAAAUUGGCGACUCUAGAAGAAAGAAACAUUGGUUUGACAUCCCAGGUAGCUGAGCUGGUUGAGGAAAGGAAUAAGCGUGAAAGCCAUCUUGACAUUUUAAUUGAUGCGCUUGAAGAAAGAGUAGCUAAAUGGCAGGAAAUUCUAGCUCAAAAGGAUGAAGAAGUGACAGAACUUCGUGCUAAACUGAAUGAAACUGUAGAGUCUCCUGGGCCUAAAGGAACAAUGGCUUUCGCCGCUAAUUAUAUUGAAUUGUCAAAAACAAUUGAAGAACAAGAAGAUAUCAUUAAGAAACUUCAUGAACAGCUAAAACAGGCAGCAGAAGAUAUGACCAAAAGUUCAGUCCAGGCACAAGAAUUAAAGCAAACCGCAGAAGAUAAAAGCGGUAGUGAUGAGGAAUUAAUGAAAUAUGAGGAAUUAAAGGAAGAAUUAGACAAAGCUCGUAAUCAAAUUCAUUUCCUUCAAGAAAAAGUGAAUGAUGCUGAACAAGACGCACAAUUCAGAGCUGAGGAAAUGACUGAACUUAUAAUACAAUUAAGAGAAUAUGAAGAAGGUGUUUAUGGACUUGCAGAAGCAAGGAAUCAAGUGAAAGAUCUUAAAAAACAAUUGAAAAUAAGAGACAGCCAGAUUCUUAAAUUAGUUGAACAAAUAAAUUUGUUAUCACUCCAGGCAGGAGAAGAAGCAACAAUUGAUGUUGAAAAUUAUGAGAAGUAUUUUGAAGAGGAAGAUAAUAAAAGUAAUAUUGAUAUACAGACUCAAUUGAGUGCUGUUCAACAGACAGCUAUAAAUCUUAGCGUGCAGAAUUUCGAAUUACGAGCAAAAGUGGCAAAGCUUAGUGAAGAAUUAAAAACAAAGGAAGAUGGAAAAAACAAAGAACAGGAUUUAUCAGACAAAAAAGAGCUUGAAGACAAAUUAAGGCUGGCAAUAGAAGAAAAUGAAUCUCUUCGUAAAGGUUUACAUGAAAUUUUAGAGAGUAUACAAAAACAAGAUGGUAAAACCAGAGUUGUAAUCGAGUCGGAAUGUUUAGAGUCACUUUUGGAUGCUUUGGAUGCAAGGCAUGUUUCUGGCUGGUACCAUCCUGCUAUGAGGCUCCAAGCGGUUAUUAACAAGCUACAAGGAAACAAUGAUGCACUUAGGUCUGAGCUUAGAGAAUCUAGGUUUAGGGAGAGCUAUUUCCAAGCUGAGCUUCAGAGUGCUAUGAUGCAACUUGGAGAGCUACAGGAUAAAUUAAAAUUGUCUGAAAUCCCAAUAACUCCAGUACCAGCUCCUAGGACGCAGAUUGACAAAUCAGAUAUAGUAAGUACAAAGGAAACCAUCGUAGGUGAAGAUAUUUUAAAUGAUGAAAAAGAGCAAGUUAUUCCUGCAAGUGAAAAGCCUCCAUCAGCUGGUGUCGAAUGCAACCAAGCACUCAAAGUUGUAGUAGACACAACAGAUGAUGUAAAUUUAUCAUCUCAUGAUUCCAAAAGUUCUAAUUUUGUGGAGAAGGGUUUACAGACUGAAAGCUUAGACAUUAUUGAAUCUGCAGUACAGACUGAACUAACAGCUAGUGAUUUGACUUUAGAGCAAAAAGGAGGUAUAGAACUAAUUACAGAAAAGUUUCAACAAAAUAAGGAUACAAAUAAAACUGAAAAUUCUGAAGCAUUGACUAUCAAUGAUCAAGCAAAGAAUGGAAUAAAAGUUUUAGACUUGAUUGACAAGUUUAAUAACAAAGAGCAGGUACCUUCGGCUACAGUUGAAGAAAAUAAAAAAGUACCACUUGUAGCUGUAACUGAUCAAAAGAUAAUAAUGGAUUCGAAACCUAGCAACGGUGACAUCUCAUCAAAAAUGAAACUUGAAGAAAUGGAAACUGAUCUCAAAAAGAAAUGUGAAGAAUUACGUUUGGAAUUUGAAAACAUCAAAAAGAUAAAUGAAACUGCCUUGCUAGAACUGCAUAAAAAUAAAGAACUAUUAUUCGGUGAGGUGAAAGCAGCCAUGAUAAAAGUAAAUGAAGAGGUAAAAUCACUAAAGCAAGUAGCCGAAAAACCUCAGCCGGUAAUAAAUGAGUUUACCUUAGGUGCAUUCAAAGAACAGGAGGCAAAACUCCUUAGUUAUGGAAUCGAGCUAGGAGAUCUCAGAAGAGCUCUUUCUGAAAAGGACAGCUAUAUAGCAUCAUUAGAAUCUAAAGUAAAAUCUUUAAAUUUGAAAAUUGAAGAGGCUGGUGCUCAGAAACGUGAAUUGGAUGAUUUGAGAGCAAAAGCACUAAAAGAAACUAUCUCCAGUUUACAACAGAUCAUUAACAAAAAGGAAGUAACUAUAGAAAGGUAUAAAGCUAUGCUACAAGAAAGUAAUACAGAAUAUGGUCAGCUGUUAGAAAAGUUUCACAGUUUAGAAAGAAGUAAAGAAAAAAAUUCAACUCCCAGGGAACCAUUGGCUGAAUCCAAAUCAGUGUCCAUUCUAAUGGAAAAAUGGAUAGAACGAGUCCAUGGUUUGGAUAAAGAAAUAAAUAAUCUCACCCAUAGGCUCAUUGAAUCUACCAACCAUUUGGAAGCAAGUAAAAAAGAAAUUGAAUACUGGAAAAAUCUUGUUACAAGUAAUCAAAAAGAAAUUACAAAAGAUGAAGAACUUCUAAAAAAACAAGAAGAACUUGAAGAAUUAAGGACCAGCCUGAAAGAAUUAAAAGAAGAAGCAGAAGUAGGUUUUCAAGAAAAAAUAAAAAAAGAGAAUUCUAAAUUCAGAAAAAAGGAGGAAGAGUUAAACAAUCUUAUAAAAACACUGGAAAAUGAAAAUUCUAGAAUAAAACAUCAACUUAAUAUUAGGUCAGCUAAAACAUCAACUAGAUCUUCAAAAAAAGAGACUGUUCUAUUGGAAAAAAUAAAAACACUGGAAGAUGAAUUAGAAAAAGCCAAAUCACGGGAAAAAAACCAAUUACAGAUGAGAAGGGACAAGUGUGCUGAUGAAGUGGCUAAAUGGGAGGAGAAAAAGAAGUUACAGUCAAUGAAUGAAAAAUACAAACAAGAGUUGAAAGACAAAGGGUCCCAAAUAGAACUGUUUGAGGGGCAGAUUUCCAGGCUCAAGGUAAUAAUUGCUAGAAUGGAAAGGGAAAGAAUUUCUCUACAAAGGAGGCUUAAAACCAGUGAAGAUUUGCUUUCAAAAUAUAUGUCAGCAGAAGAAAAAGCACAUGAUUUCGAUGAUAAAUCAUUUAUCACUGAUUCAAGAGCUGAAACUCCUCCAGUUCCUGAACAUUCACCAAGAUCACAUUUAGAGUCAUUGAACAGUGAUCUUCAUGACCCAAAAAUAAAAAUGCAGAGCAGAAGAGAUUUAGUUAGAGCAGUAACAGCACUUAAGAAAGUUAUCAGUAAAUUGAGAUCUCAACAUUCUAAUUAUUAUCAUAAGGAUUACGUGGAAAGGCUACAAAAUGAACUUCAGAAGACAGAAAAUAACUAUAUGGAUGCAGUGGAAAGAGCAUUAUCAUUAGAAGAACAGCUUCGGGAAUCUGAAGCAAAACAUCUAGGCCAGACUUUUAUUGUUGGAGGCCAAGAUGAUAGGACUGAAAUAAUCUUUCUCAAAGAGCAAUUAGCACAGAAAUGUGAACUAUUGAGUAAAGUAAAAAUACUUCUUCAAAGAGCCAUUUUGAGAGAAAAACAAUUAAUUCAACAGGUAACAUUUCUGGAAAAGCUAGUGCCACCUGAAAAACUGGUGCAUUUUCAUGAAGAAGCAAGGGAGAUAUGA